AUGAGGCCGGGAAGGGGCGGAGGGGGGGAGCCGGGGGGGGAGCGACCGAGACCGACCCGGCGGCGGCGGCAGCGCAGGAGCCAUGAAGACCCCUGCGGACGCAGGGUUCGCCUUCCCCGACUGGGCCUACAAGCCCGAGUCGAGCCCCGGCUCGCGGCAGAUCCAGCUGUGGCACUUCAUCCUGGAGCUGCUGCGCAAGGAGGAAUACCACGACGUGAUUGCCUGGCAGGGCGACUACGGCGAGUUCGUGAUCAAGGACCCCGAUGAGGUGGCGCGGCUGUGGGGUGUCCGCAAGUGCAAGCCCCAGAUGAACUAUGAUAAGCUGAGCCGGGCCCUGAGGUACUACUACAACAAGCGGAUCCUGCACAAAACCAAAGGGAAACGAUUCACCUACAAGUUCAACUUCAACAAGCUGGUGCUGGUGAACUACCCCUUCAUCGACAUGGGCAUGGCAGGCGGCCCCGUGCCCCAGAGCGCCCCGCCGGUGCCCUCGGGCGGCUCCCACUUCCGCUUCCCGCCCUCCACGCCGUCGGACGUGCUCUCGCCCGGGGCGGAGGAGCUGCGCUCGCCGGGUGUCUUCUCGGCCGUGGCCCGGCGCCUCGCCCGCGGCUCGGUCAGCGACUGCAGCGACGCCACCUCAGCCACCUCGGAACUAGAGGAGCCGCUGGGCGAGGAGGGGCGCCGGGGAGGGGGGCCGGGCGAGGGGGGCGGCUUCCGCGGGCCCCCCCUGCCCGCCCACCCCCGGCUGGCCCACGACAGCUUCUUCCGCGCCUACCCCCGGCCCCGUGGGCCUGAGCCCCUCAGCCCCUUCCCGGUGUCCCCCAUGGCCGGCCCUGGAGCCCUGCUGCCCCCUCAGCUCUCGCCCGCCCUGCCCCUCACCCCCACCCACAUGAACUACACCCCCUCGCCCACCCCGAGCCCCAUGUACCCCGGCGGCUCCCACUUCUCCUUCAACCCCGAGGACAUGAAGCGCUACCUGCAGGCGCACACCCAGAGCGUCUACAAUUACCACCUCAGCCCCCGGGCCUUCCUCCACUACCCCCAUAUCCUCGUGCCCCAGCCCCAGCGCCCCGAGAAGCCGCCCCCGCCCGAGGAGCCCCCCGCCCCCUUCAAAUUCAAGCUGCAACCUCCCCCGCUGGGCCGGCGGAACCGGGACAAGGCACCGGCGCCCCCCGGCGAAGGGGCCGCCCCGGAGCCCCGGCUGCCCUGCAUCAAGGUGGAGCCCAUCUCGGAGGGGGAGUCGGAGGAGGAGGAGGAGGUGACGGUGGAGGUGACGGACGUCAGCGAGGAAGACGAGGAGGUGUUCAAGGCUCCCCCCGCCCCGCCCGAGAAGCCUGGGGAGCCCCCGGUGGCCCCGGCCCCCCGGCAGGGCGAGGAGAGCAGCCAGUGCAUCCCCCUUAAGCUGCGCUUCAAGCGGCGCUGGAGUGAGGACCAGCGGCUGGAGGCGGGCGGGGGGGGCGGCCCUGAUGAGGCGGAUGACAAGAAGGUGAAGGGGGAGCGGGAGGGCGGGGGUGCCCCGGCCGGGGGUGGGCGGCGCGUCAGCACCGACCUGCCCCACGCCACGGCCCAGCUCUCGCUGGAGAACAAGGACUCGUAG